AUGUUGCUCAACGAGCUCGUUCUCCCCCUUCUCGCGCGCUACUGGCCCGCUGUGCUGGCUGUGCUGGUGGUGCUGCGCCUCCUGCGCAACAAGUACAACCGCGGCUUGAACCAGUACCCUGGACACUGGGCGGCGGCGUACUCAGAUCUCUGGCGCUUCUUCGAUGUCCUGGGUCGCGCGCCAGAGAAGACGCAUAUUGCGCUGCAUCGCAAGUAUGGCGACGUCGUGCGCCUGGGGCCGAAUGUGCUCUCGUUUUCGGACCCAAAGGCGAUCAAGACGAUCUAUGGCCUCAAUAAGGGCAUGACCAAGUCCGAUUUCUACCCCAUCCAGCAAGCAGUGGCCAAGGGGCGGCGGCUGCCGUCGCUGUUCUCGUCUGUGGAUGAAAACUACCAUGCCAAGUACCGGCGGUGCGUGAACGGCGCGUUUGCGAUGAGCUCGCUGGUGUCGUAUGAGCCGCUGGUGGACUCGACGACAGAUGUGUUUCUGGAGCGCACGCAGGAGCUAUUCGCCUCGACGGGGAAGACGUGCAACUUUAACCAGUGGCUGCAGUUCUUCGCGUUCGAUGUCAUUGGCGACUUGACGUGGAGCAAGCGGCUAGGGUUUGUGGAGAAGAACGAAGACGUCGACGGCAUUGUCGGGUUCCUGUCGCGGUUCUUGAGCUAUGCCGCACCGGUCGGCCAAAUCCCCAUUAUUGACCUCUUCCUCGAGAAAAACCCCCUCAAGCUCCGCCUCCAGAGCUGGGGCUUCCUCAACACCGUCUUCCCCGCCACCGCGUUCGCACAGUCACGGUCUGCCGAGCGCUCCGCCGAGAUGGACAAGAUCAAGGAAGUCGGCCUCUCGGCCUCGCCCACGUCACAGGGCAUCGACCUGCUGAGCAAGUUCACGCAAGCGCAGCACGACCACCCGGAAUUCAUGACGGACACGCAAGUAUUGACGUCGUGUGUGAGCAUGGUCUUCGCGGGCUCAGAAACUACGGCCAUCAGCCUGAGCUCGGUCUUUUACUUCCUGCUGCAGAACCCGCGCUGCCACGCCAAGCUGCUCGCCGAGCUGGACGAAGCAGUCCGCAACGGCACGAUCCAGGACCGGGCCAAUGGGUCCGUGUCCUGGACCGAGGCGCAGAAGCUCCCGUAUCUGGAUGCCGUCGUGCAGGAGAGCUUCCGCAUGCACCCCGCUGCGGGAUUGAUCCUCGAGCGCGUCGUCCCCCGCCAGGGCAUCGAGAUAUGCGGCCGUUUUGUCCCCGGCGGCACCAUCGUGGGCUGUAGCGCGUGGGCGCUGCACCGGCGGCCCGAGGUGUUCGGGCAGGACGUCGAUGUGUUUAGGCCGGAGCGGUGGCUGGAGGCCGGCCCGGCGCAGUUGAAGGAGAUGAAGGCUACGAUGUUUCAGUUUGGUGCUGGGGCCAGGACGUGCAUUGGCAAGAACAUUAGCUUGUUGGAGAUCUACAAGCUGGUGCCGAGCUUUUUGCGGAGGUUCGAGAUCGAACUGGAGAACCCGGAGAGGCCGUGGCGCACGCAUAAUGCGUGGUUUAUCAGGCAGCUGGAUUUUAACACCAAAUUCAGGCCGCGGCCGCUGCAUGCUACUGUGUAG